UAUUGUGUUUUCAGUUAUGUGUGAAUUCUGAAUUAUCGGAUCAAUAACUACCUACUCUAGUUACCUGUUACCUUGUAAAAAUAAGCGAUGUCAUUCUAUCAUGGCUUAAAAAAACAUUUAUUUGGAUAAAUGUAUUAAGUUUUUGAGCUUCCGAGUUUGUUUAUCAAAAUGGAGUCGAACGAAAACGGCGAUAACGGCAAUCGAAAUGUGCCGUCGUCGUCCAUGGAAAUAACAACCGUUAAAAGAGAGCAAAUUGAAGAGUUUUUAUGUGAAAUUAACAAUGUUACUACCGAGACAUAUACGAUUAUGCAUAAUCAAAAUGACACGCAAAAUAGCUCUAACGAAAAUCAAAGUAGUGGCGUCAAACGCAAAUCUGAAGAAAAUACUUUAAAUAUGCAGGAAGAUGAUAGGGUGAGUGAAGUCAACACUGACACCAAUGUACUAGUAAAAAGACCGAGGUAUUCAGAAUCACAGUGUGAUGAGUCUCUUGAAAAUUCAAAUGAUAUUGUUGACGCAAAUAGCUUGCAGAUUAAAGAAGAAACAGUAAACUACACUUUGUAUGUUUCAAACUCACCCGGAGAAUGGACGUCUCAGCAAAUCAUAGAUUUUAUUAAAGAUGAGUGCGGAAUUAAUAUUUCAAGAAUUAAUGAUAGCAGGGCAGGAAAUACAAAUUCAGAUUUUCAAAUAAAACUUAAGUUUCCAAAUAAGGAGCAAUCGACCAAAGUUUUUGAUAAGUUGAAGGAGAUGGAGGCAGCAGGCAAACUGAAAGUACAUACAGAUGACGAUAUGGAGGAAACAGUUUGUGAUAUACAGUCUACCACAAGUGCACAAAUAGAUGAAAGGCAGUCGAACAGAGCAAGAUCUGAUCCACCGGAGCCGAGAGUUGAUUUUGAGUUAGCAUCUGGUGAAAAUUCUUUUUAUAUAAGAGAAGAGUACCUGGACUCUCUGGGCAUCAUAUUGCCUCUAACAAACUGGGUGACGGUAACUAAUUUUCGAUGUGAUAAGACGGAGUUAAAAGAAGUCUUCGAGCUGGCUGGCAGAGUUCUCGUAUGCUCUGUGUAUUCUAUGACCAAUAAAUACGCUAACAUCAUGUACAGCCAUCCACUUGAAGCUGUUCAGGCAAUAUCAAUGCUCAACGGACAGAAGUUAUUUGGGCAAACUCUCAAAGUAACGAUGAACAAUUCCCGAGAUACAAACACGCUUUUACCCAAGGGCUUGGCCGACGUCGGACCCGGUCUGGGGAAGUACGGGAAAGGACUUCCGGAUCUAGUCGAGCAGUAUAAGCGUUUCCUCAAGGGUCAGACAUCGUCGAUCGACGCUCACUUGUUUCAACCAGAGCUCCUGAGGGAUUUUGGGGUUGAUGCCUAUCGAGAAACUUCAACGCCGUUCGUACGUUCGGCUCCCAGUGAUAGUUCAAGCGUACAUAACGAUAACGUAUCUGAACAGGGAAGCGAAGUAUCGGCGUGUGAAUCCGUUGUGAGAAAUAAUGGGAACCUGUUUGGAGCGAUCGGGCAGAGGGUGUCACAUGCGAGCACUCCGGCGCCGGUUAGUGUCCAGAUCCACAACAACCGCGUGUCAACCUUCACUUCCAUGAGCCAGCCGUUGAUAAUACGAGGGACGAACAGCAACAUGAUGCCCAUUCCGUCUGGAUCCAUGCAACGUCCAAGACAAAUGGCACCACUUUCCAAUCCCUUAACAAUUUACGCUAACUGUCCACCGAUAGCUGGCAUUGAUACAUCAAACUCAGCCAGAGGUUUCAAUAUAAGCGUGAUCGGUUCAGGUAAUAUGCCCGUGCUCCCUGGUCCGAUAAUAACUCGGGGCCCCAUGCCUAGCCCCAUGGCUCCUAUGAGAAGACCAGUACCGGUGACUAUUACCCAUCUGUCGACUGCAAAUCGUUUUGCUGCUCCGGGUCCAAGGAACGUUGGCCCAGUGACUGGUCCUCCAAGGGUUCCUGCGCCGGUUAGACCGAAUCCAAGCAUUCAAAUUUCAAACCCAAGAAGGUCCAAUGGACCCAUUUUAACGUUGAGGCCAUAUAUGUCACAAGCGACAACCGGAUCUAAUGUUCAAAUGAUUAAAGGCGCUGAUGCGGUAACAGUCCAGAUAAGCGGCCUACCGCCGUCGACAAACUUUGUCAAUCUCGGACAAAGUUUGUCGGAAUUCGGCAACGUCCUGUUUCUGGAGUUCACCACGCCCGGUUGCGCUGUUGUGCGUUUUGCGAGCCCUUCUGAUGCUGAUAGAUGCCUUCAAAACUUUAGAAAUACUAUCGGAUGAAAUUCAAUGAUAUGCGGAGGAUUCAUUCCGUCGAUCCUGGCAUUUCUCAUGAUUCUAUGUAAGGUAACGAGCAUCUUCAUUAUAUUCUACUUCAUAUUGGCAUUUACAACAUUGAUUUGCCAUAUAUUUAUAUCAUAUAAUCGUUAAUAUGUAAUCCAAAAUACAUGUCAUUUAUGAUAUUUGAAAAAAAUAAGAAUAUUUUUAGAUCUGCUUCUAUUAUGGCUUUACAAUGUUUAUUUAAUUUUUAAUUGCGAUUAAGAUUAAGCGUUUACAAUUAUUGCUGUAUUGAUGUGUCGAUGUCAUUAAAAAUACUACUAGUAAUAUCAAUUUAAUCAAAUUAUUAUUAUAUUAACUUAAGAGUAUCAUAUAAAAUGUCAUA